AUGGGGUCGAAAUACCCUUACCAAGCAUUGAACUCGAAAGAUGGUGAGAUUCGAAUUUUAUACCUAUUUUCGAGCCCCGACCCAGAUUCUGAAAUUGAAUGUCGCCUUGAGCAUCACAAGCUUGAAGAGAAUGUUGAAUUCAUGGCGAUCUCGUAUGUCUGGGGUGAAGCUGAGACGAUGCGAUCGGUCCUUUUGGGUGGAGUCCGUGUAGAGAUCAGACCAAAUCUCUUCCAGAUACUGCAAUUGGCUAGGUAUUCUGAGACCUCCGCCGUGGAAAUAGCGCUUUGGGUGGAUGCGUUGUGUAUCAAUCAAGAGGACAAGCUGGAGAGGGGAGGCCAGGUAAGGCUCAUGAGGUCAAUCUACAGUCAAGCUCAAGUUGUUCUGUCAUGCCUGGGAAGCCACUCAGACGACAGUGAGUUGGUAUUCGACCUCCUUGAACGAUAUAGUAGCCGUGAUGGCACCGAGUCUGCAAACGAAACUUUCAAAGCCUUCCUUGGAAGUCCGGACUCGGAGAAUCACUGGGUAGCGCUGACAGCAUUUCUUGCGCGGCCUUACUGGUCCAGAUUAUGGAUCAUGCAGGAAGUAAUAUUGUCGAGCCGGGUUUCGCUGCUCUGUGGGACUGACAUUGGCUCAUGGCGGGUUCUGGCUCAGUUGCUUUCUUACCUUGACUUUCGAUACAGUGUUGCAAUGUCGGGCAUCGGGCGAAAACUACUGUCCGAAUCGCCCCUCAACCCAAGGGCACUAGCUCGAGCAUACAUUGGUCAAGAGAACGGGAAACAGUGGAAGACCUCAGACUGGCUCUACUUGAGCAGACAACGUAAAGCGACAGACCCGCGAGACCACAUUUUUGGUAUCCUUGGAGUUGUGAAGAACUCUGGUCUGGUUGUGGACUACACGAAAUCAAAGGCAGAGGUCUUUGGGGACGUCGUCGAGCACGUCAUCCGCGAAGAGCGUAACCUCGACAUUCUCAGCGCAUGUGGGACGUACAACGACAGCUCUGGGAUGUCGGACGCAAUCUUUGCGCUCAUUAGCGGCCGAACACAUGUUAGGCUUGUACAUGAAGCUUACGCAGCACAAGGCAGAGACCUUCCACCGGUCCCAGACGACAUCAAGGAGGCAAUGGAAGCCGCAGAAAAGACCUCUCCAUCCUGGAGCACCGACUGGAGUGUUGCGUCCGCAAGUGGAGAACGAGGAUCUCUCGUUUCAGGCUUUCGUGAGGCGUGCUAUUUCCGAGCUGCAGGCGAUUCGAUACCUGACGUCCAAUUCUACAAGGAGGAAGGUCGAAUGCUAAUUCGGGGAAUAUGUGUCGACACCAUCGCGGAUAUCUCAGAUGUAGAAUUGCCGAAUCUAGAUUUUCGGGGAUGGGGCAUGUGUAGCCGUCACGAUGCAGUUCGCCAGAGAUAUCGAGACGAAGCUACCCUAAAGCAAGCUUUCAGAAGCGUAUUUGUCCUUGGUCGCAAUACGAAAGGCGCAAAACAGGAGUUUACCAACGACAAAGCCUUCCCAGACCACUUUCUGCACAUCCCUGGCGAGGGAGAAACCCAUAUUUCGCAGACUGACUGGCUAGAUGCACUGUAUUCCCUGAUUAAUGAUUCUCUGGUCACUGGACAGGUCUUUGUUACAAGUUCUGGCUUCAUUGGACGGACACCACCAGGGUCUAGAAUCGGGGAUUUAAUCGUCGUAUUUUCUGGAGGGAAAGUUCCAUUCGUAAUCCGGAGGUGUCCGGGCUUGGAUGAUCUCAAUGUGGACAGAUAUGUCCUUAUUGGAGAAGUUUAUGUUCAAGAUAUCAUGGAGGGGGAGAUUAUCAAUGAGCUAAGAGACGGAAAUCUAACGGAGGAGUACUUCAAUAUUGUAUAA